CUCAGCAUUUGAAUAACUGAAAAAGUGGGUUUAACUCUCUCUCUCUCUCUCUGAGCUCGUAGUGUAGCUUCUCACAUCGAUCGGUGUUCCUCUACCUCAACUCAAGUCUCGACCAUGCUCUCGCAGUGCUUCUCUCAGACGGCCACCACAGCCAGAUACUUCCCCAGCAGUUCAUUUCCACCCUCCAUUCCCAUUUCCAGAGCUUCAGCUCUCAAUUUCACCGAUAUUAGGGGAGGCUGCCAUUCUCUCUCACUCACUUGCCGACCCAACAUUUCCAUGGCCUGUAACUCAAAGCUCUCGAAUGGAAUCGAAUCUCUUUCCCAGGGUCUCAAUGUCGAUCGCAUUGCUGAGGUCGCUAAUGAGGCUGCUGAUGCCUCUGGAGUUGUACUUCGAAAAUACUUCCGUAGCAAGUUUGAGAUUCUCGAUAAGGAAGAUUUGAGCCCUGUAACUAUUGCAGAUCAAACAGCAGAGGAAUCUAUGGUAUCUAUUAUUUUGAAAAACUUUCCAUCUCAUGCUAUUUAUGGAGAAGAGAAGGGGUGGAGGUGCAAAGAGAAGGAUUCAGAGUACGUCUGGGUUUUAGAUCCAAUAGAUGGGACAAAAAGUUUUAUAACUGGAAAACCUGUCUUUGGUACUCUCAUUGCUCUGCUACACAAGGGCAAACCAAUUCUUGGCAUAAUUGAUCAGCCUGUUUUAAGAGAAAGAUGGAUUGGGAUGAGUGGAAGGAAAACUAUACUAAAUGGAGAAGAAGUGUCAACACGCUCUUGUGCAAAUAUUUCACAAGCCUAUAUGUACACUACAAGUCCUCAUCUGUUCAACGAAGAAGCAAAAGAAGCAUUUGUUCGUGUCAGAGACAAGGUGAAAGUACCAUUAUAUGGGUGUGACUGCUAUGCUUAUGCUCUUUUGUCAUCUGGGCAUGUGGAUCUUGUUGUUGAAUCCGGUCUCCAGCCAUACGAUAUUCUUGCACUCAUACCUGUGAUAGAAGGUGCUGGAGGUGUCAUAACUGGUUGGAAAGGAGAAGAACUUAGUUGGGAAGCUUCCCCAAAUUCACAUGCAACAAAAUUUAAUGUAGUUGCAGCUGGGGAUAAACAGAUUCACCAGCAAGCUCUGGAGUUACUACAAUGGCAAUGAGGUUUAGAUUGGCAAUGCUUCAAAUACAUUUGUAGAGAACUUAGCAGAAGCCUGGGUUGAUUCUGAAUAAAUGAGUUUAGUUGCAAAAGAUAAAUUGGAAAUGGGUGAGAGCACAAAUUAUCUUUUUAAGAUGUACAUCAAGAAACAAUUUGCAAAGACAUUUAUCUUGACACCCUAAUAAAACCUUUGGCGAAAGAAAAAAAAUUCUCAUGAGUCAUAA